GAUUAAGCGGUCGAGAGCAAUCCCAAUACGAUGACAGCAUCCAGCCUAAACCCCCACGCGCGCCACACCGUCCGGACACGGAUUCUACCGAUUCUGACAAACUAUUCUGUCUGCUCUCUCUCUUCAAUCACUUAAUUUGACCCUCCGGAUCCACAACGCCGGUCCGUCUUUUUCUUUAGAACACGAGGCGACUCCCGGGAUUACAAAUUCUGAUUGGUCCUGAUGAUCACAAGGGCCCUCUUCCACCUCUUGUCGGCCAAUCCCGAUGGGGCUCCGGAGCUGAUGUCACAGAUGGCCCGAGGAUUUUCAUGUUCGGGAAUCCAGAAGAUACAAGCAAUAGCACGUUAAAUGGAGGAGAAAGAGAGGAGUAGGAGUCGGUCUCUGUCUCGUAGCCGUAGGGCCACCCGGGUGCAGCAGGUGGUGGGGACGUUGAUCAGACGCACCCGCGAAUCACUCAGCAGAGAGCGGAUCCUUGGCGAUGGGAGGUCCAACCGGUCUGGCAGCGUGACCAGUCAGAACUUCCCGGUGAGGCUAACGGUUCAGAUCGUCAGAGACCCGGUGUUGGACUCCAGCGGUCAUGGGUUCUCCCUCUCCAAACAGCACCCUCUGCUGGUCAGGGACGUGGCUGCAGGAGGCCCGGCAGAUGGGAUACUGUACCCUGGAGACCAGGUGUUACAGAUCAAUGACCUGCUGGUGGACCAUCUCAGCUAUGAACAGCUGCAAGACAUCACCAGGGACUUGGAGGACUUUGUCACAAUGACAAUCCUAAGGAACAUGACAGGUCCUAAGUCGUCCAUCAUGUCGGCAGAGAAGAGGGCUCGUCUGAGGAGUAACCCGAUCAAAGUACGCUUUGCAGAGGAAGUGGUUGUCAACGGUCACACUCAGGGGAACUCUCUUCUGUUCCUUCCCAAUGUUCUGAAGGUGUAUCUGGAGAACGGACAGACCAAGGCCUUCAAGUUUGACACUACCACCACCGUCAAAGACAUCGUUGUGACUCUGAAGGACAAGUUGUCUAUCCGCUGCAUUGAGUACUUUGCUCUGGUGCUGGAACAGCAGUACAGCAUCACCAAGCUACUGCUGCUGCAUGAGGACGAGUUCAUACACAGGGUGGUGCAGAAGAAGGAGAACAGCAGCCAUGACUACAGGUGUCUGUUCAGGGUGUGUUUCAUUCCCAGAGACCCCCUGGAGCUGCUACAGGAAGACCCCACCGCCUUCGAGUACCUCUUCCUGCAGAGCGUCGGGGACGUUCUACAGGAGAGGUUUGCGGUGGAGAUGAAGUGUAACACUGCACUGCGUCUGGCUGCCCUGCACAUGCACGAGAGACUGAACAGUAUAGGCUCCACCCGGACCUCUAUCAGGAGCAUCACGAAAGAGUUUGGUCUGGACAGCUUCAUCUCACCCACUCUGCUCAGUAACAUGAGAGAGAAGGACCUGAGGAAAGCCAUCAGCCACCACCUCAAGAAGAUCCAGUCACUGCUGGAGCCACAACAGAAGGUGAUCCCAGCCACCCAGGCCCGGCUGGCCUACCUCACCCAGCUUGCAGAGCUCAUCUCCUACGGGGGCCGCUCCUACACAGCCACCAUGAUGUUGCAGGACCGGGAGGCGCUGGUCAGUCUGUUGGUGGGGGCGCGCUAUGGCCUGAGUCAGGUGGUCAACCACAAGCUCAACAUGGUGUCCACCCUGGUAGACUUCAGCAGCAUCAGUAGAGUGGAGCUGCUCUCUGAGUCAGACAGAGUCAGCCUGCUACGCAUCUCCCUGCACGACAUCAAGCCUUUUGCCUUACUGAUGGACUCUCUGGCAGCCAAAGACCUGGCGUGUCUACUGGGGGGCUACUGCAAGCUCCUGGUGGACCCCAGAGUGUGUGUGUUCCGUCUGGGACGCCCCAAGGUCCGGGUUCACAGGAUACCUGCUGAGGAAGGUGUGUGUGAAGGGAAGUUCGCCGUUAUAGAGGGAGUGUGCUAUGAAUCGCUGACAAGCUAUGUGUCCCGCUGUUGUAGUGACUCCAAUGACUCUUCAGAUGAGGACUACCCUGCCGAGCCUCCACCAACGCACACCCGCAAACGCCACGCAUCCGCCAGCAAAGACAGGGAGGGGUGGAGGAGAGAAAAGGAGGAGCAGAGAGGUGCAGAGGGAAAGAAAGAAAGAGCUGAAAAAGAAGACAAAGAUAAGCAUGAGGUGAAGAUCAUUGUGACGUCAGAGAAGGACAUGGAAGUUGAGGAGGAGGACGGAAGAGAAGCUGGAGGAAGAGAGAUACAUCUAGGAGGUAACGCCAAUGAAGGUAGAGUGGAAAAGGACAUGGUACUGGACACUAACUGGUAUCACACAGACCCACGGGUUAACAGUAGCUUCUCCAGCCUGUCCAGUGGCUCUUUGAGUGCUGCCUUGGAGGAAAGCGGUGUCGCAGCCAGGGGAGAGGACCCAGCCAAGGCCUCCUCUCGUGUGGACGCCCUGCGUGAGGACAGUCCCUCUCGCCGGUCCGAACAGCCGACUCGGGGCAUCGCCACACUGGAUGUCCACCAUCCAUUCCUCCUGGAGGUCACAGCUCCCUCUCCACAGCGUCAGAGAGAGGGCGCCGCCGGCAGCACAGCCUCCACACCCGUACGCCCCACCAACCUGAGUUACCGUAGCAACGAUAGCUCGUGUCUUUGCUUCGCCGAGCUUUCCCAAGGCAGCUACCUCCCUAGCCCCCCCGAGGCCACCAGCGACGAGGAGGAGACGGAGGAAGUUGAGGAUGACGAUGAUGAGGAGGAACUGAGACGGCUCUCUAAGAUACCCAGUCAGAUAGACCUGCGCCUCAUCGACAAGAUCUGCGCCCGGUCUAACAAAACUGCUUCCAACAACAAGUUAGACAUCCCCAGAAUCAUCCCCAACCUCACCUCCUGUGAAAAGAGGACUGUUUGUAGCUCCGCCCACAAAGGGGAGGAGCGUCUAUCAAUUCACUCUGGAGAUUCCGAGCCUUUCCUAACGCCGUCCCCUAAUCCUCCUCCUCCUAGUGCUAGGGAAAGUGCUUCGGAGUCAGAUGAUGAGUUCUUCGAUGCCCAGGAGCGGUUCACUCCUCCAGUUCCUUCUGAUGGUACAGAAAACAGUUUGGAUGCAUCUGACAAUAAGAGGCACAGUAAACGCUGGACUGGCACAGGGAACGGACUGCCAGUGGUACCAGAGAUGGAGCCUCCCUCACCCCUCAAAAAGAAGCACUCCUCCCCUGACCACAAGAAACAGCAGGAGACCCAACGAGACCCAAAGCCCCACUCAAACCAGGCUUCCACUCAGAGGGUUGAUGCCAAGACCAAGCCUCCACCAUUGGCCCCCAAGCCCCAGCUACCCAUAAAACCUGAACUGGGCCCCAAGCCCCAGGUGGGCCCCCAGAGGUCUCCCCAGCGCAGCGGUCCAUACUCCCAUUGUAACGGAGAUGCUGGUGGGGGCCAUGCGGGCCUGCUGGAGGUAGACACCAUGGAACCAGACACCAUGGAGUUUAAAUCAGUCACCUCGGGAGCGGGGGGGCCACCACUCGCCUCCCCCCUCAUCACGGCGGUACGGAAGAGCCAGCAACCCCCUGCCGGUCCACAGGGUGUGGAGAACGGGCCUAAGAUAGAGAACAGUUCUAAGCAAGAGAACGGUUCUAAAAACGGGACUCAUCACGUGCUUCCUAAGGACCGUGUUCUGGUCACUGCUGACAACAGGAGAGCUGAUGUUGAAACUAAAACAAACAGGGUUACCCUGCUGAAGGGAGAGGUCAGAACGGGGGUUGGGGUGGACCUCCCGAAAAAGCUGCCAAGCCUGUCCCCCAUUCCACAUUCUGCUUCAGGAGAUGAGAUCAGGUUGAGCCUGGCCACCCCUCCACCAGUCUCUCCCAAACCCUCCCCUCCUUCUCUCCAUCCCCUAUCAGUCCUCCCCAUCCCGGUCUCACCAAAUGAGAAAGAGGGGACGUGUCCGCCGAGCGGCCUCCACCCCUGGGUUAGUUGCAACGGGAGCAAUCAGACCGGGAGGAGGGUCUCUCUGAGUCAGGAGAACUUGUCGCCCAAAAAUACAGACGCCCCCCUCAGCCUGACCACCUCCCUCACCACCUCCUCUAAAGGGACAGCGGGAGACCCAGAGAGCACAGGAAGGUCAGGGUCAGACCUGAGGGUCAGUUCUUCCAGCCUGGGGGGCCGUCUGCCUACCUCAGCCCUGAGAGGGAGGAUCCAGGCCCUGCCCUGGUACAUGACCCGCUCGCAGGAGAUCCUGGGCACCCUGGACCACUCUUCCACCAGCUCCGUCAACGAGGAUGUCACGUCUGGGUACGGCUCCGGUCUGUCAGUCAGCGGAGCCUCUGAGGUCAGCAAGGUCACUGCCCAGGCACCAGUUGGUGAGACUGCAGGGGGAAAAGGGAAGAAGGAAGUGGUGGAGGAUGGAGCCGAGGUUGUCAUAGCAACCAUCAAAGAGUUCCAGGAAGUGACUCCGCGUGCGAAGGAGGCCAACGGGAAUAGCGGGUCGCACCUCAACCUGACCCUGAGAGAAAACGGCGCACACGUCUCAGAACCCUACGGAUUCCUGGGGUCCUGCAAGUCGGAGCAGCCUCAGUCCAGACCCCACUCAGAGGUGGGGUUAGGGGGCGGUUCAGGCCCGCCCCUAGAGGGGGACUCUCUGGAGCACACCCCUCCCCCGGCCCACCGUGAGGCGUGCGGCUGCCGCACCGUCUACGCCAACUGCUUCAGCGGUGACGUGGAGGACGGCUGUGGCUUCGACGAGGAGCUCACCAUCUACGAGUUCUCCAAACGCACGCGCCCCAAACCAGCCCAUUCUACACCCCUGGCCUCCCCCACCUCCCCCAUCCCCUCCCCCGUCAUCCUGUCCCUGCUGAGAGACACCCCUCGCCCCCUCUCCACCCUCUCCACCACCUCCUCAGAGCUCAGCCCACUCCUGUCCCGCCCUGUCUCCCCCACGCCCCCCAUCGGCUCCCUGCGUUCCCUCACCAACAAGCACUAUGGGGGGCUGAAAGGGGGCUUCGUCUCCCUGAGACAGGACAUCAAUCAGCUCCUAUUGGUCCUGGCUGGGCCACCACCAUCAUCAGAACCCUCCAAAACAGAUCAGGAUGAGGGUGGAGAAGGGGGACCCAACCCAACCCAAGAAGAGGGUCCAACCGCGUGCUGUGGAGGUGCAAGUCCUCCGCCCAUGACGGAGCCUGAGAGGAAUUUACUCCAGACGGAGGCACGGCGGUUGGCAACAGGGUGCCAACGUGCCACGCGUGUGGGCUGGGCUCCAGAGGAGGCACUUCGUUCCUUAUCCAACAGUUUCAGUGCCCUGGUGCAGCUCUCCGCAGCCUGCCUGAGAACACACCCCUGUCCUGGAUGUGACGUCUGCCGCAACGGGGGUCAGAUCCAGAGCACUGACGAUGAUGGGGGCCAGGAGGAGGCUCUGGACAAGCUGAAGGAGAUCGUAGGGCUGUACAGGGAGUUUGUUGGGGCUGUGGAGACUGCUGGAGCCGGGUCUGGGUCCAGCAGUGGGACGGGGUCUGGGGAUGGACAGGGAGAGGGCGAAGGGGUGAGGCUACUGGCCAAACGGUGCACGGUGCUCAUCUCUUCCGUCUUCUCGCUAACACAGCUGUUCAGGACGCACUCGCCGGACUUGCCAGGUCACACGCCUCUCAACUUUUGACCUCUGAACUUUUAAAACUCCUUCUCGCUACCAGGACUAAGGUGAUGCAGUACAGUACAUACACACCUGUACAGUAAGUGCCAUGCACACGCACACACACACACACACACACAGACCUACCAAACACAUAAAUGAUGAAAAUAACCUCUUCCACUGACUGCCAUUACUGCUAGGUCUCCUGAUGGACUCAUCUGGACUAUGCAUUUGUACAUAGGUAUUUUAUAACUAACUAUCUAUCUUCUUAUUGUAUACUGUAUGUAUGAAUUAUGUAUGAUCGUAUUUAUGUAUGUAUUCAUUUCUAUGACUGUUUGCACCAUGGUCCUUGCUGGUUGGUGUAAGACCUUAUUGAUGUUGUAGUUUCUUCUACCUCCCUCCACCUUCUGUUUCUCCUCUGGGCUGGUGUCUGCUUUAGCUGCUUCAAUGAUUCUUCCUCCUCUGGGCUGGUGUCUGCUUUAGCUGCUUCAAUGAUUCUUCCUCCUCUGGGCUGGUGUCUGCUUUAGCUGCUUCAAUGAUUCUUCCUCCUCUGGGCUGGUGUCUGCUUUAGCUGCUUCAAUGAUUCUUCCUCCUCUGGGCUGGUGUCUGCUUUAGCUGCUUCAAUGAUUCUUCCUCCUCUGGGCUGGUGUCUGCUUUAGCUGCUUCAAUGAUUCUUCCUCCUCUGGGCUGGUGUCUGCUUUAGCUGCUUCAAUGAUUCUUCGGAUCCAGUUAAAGGUGCAAUCUGUAACUUAUAUGUUUCUAUUGGGAACUCUAGGAAAAAGUUCAACUAGCAUGUUAUGUUAAAUAGUAAAACACAACACAAAAUUUUACAUUCGCGAAGACCCACCCCUUCCGUUUACAAUCAAAUGAAAGGGGAGCACUAUUGGCCGUAAAAUAAAUAAACAGAUUGCACCUUUAAGAAGAGAAAUGAACCAUGUGAAAGCUAUCUAUUUCUGUUCCAUUCCUGGCUCCUGACUGACUACUUGUGUGCGAAUGCUUGAAUGGAGAAAACACUCAAUAACCCAAACGCUUAUAUGCAGUAAUUAUACAGUAUAUCAACUUUGAAUCCAAAGGAUACAUAUAUUUUUCUGGGGUGCAUUGCGUGGAUGGGGGAAUAGUGGAAAGGAUAUUCAUUUGGUAUUUUGUAAAAAGGUUUUGACACGGCACAAGGAAGGCUGACUGUUAAAACCUACUAAAUGUAGCAUCGAUCCAAAGGCAUUUAACACUGAGCCACAAUUUGUACUAUUUUACUACUUGCCCAUGUUUAGCUCUGCAGACAGGCGGACUGACUGAUUCGGUUUGUACCAGACCCGUAGAUAGAUAUACAUCUAUGUUUGUGUUAGUUUGAGUCUAUCUGUCCUUCCUUGGUUUAAUGCUAUGCAAACAUAACCACUACUUCCCUGUUCUCCCACAUAUCAUUCUCUGUUACAUUUGUGUUAACAUUAAAGACAAGAAUACCUGCAUAUGUUUUAUAGUCUUUGUUCCUGGAAAUACAGAGAGGGCUUCCAUGUAUUAUACUGGAGUGUCUGGACUAUGAUUACGGGUAUGUUCAGGAUUGCAAUGUUCUGCAACGUUGCACGUAAUCGGAUGCAACAUAUCUCAGCAGUGGCUUCUAACCUGAUGUGUUGUGGGUAAAAUGCAGAGCUGUUCUGUGACUUGGAAACUGUUCACAACUCACUGAUCCUUGACAGAGCCCCGGUCAAGAGUCUGUAAACAUAUUCAAUCUGAACUUUGACUAAAUAAAUGGGUGUUUUGCCUUUCGUUUGAUGAGACACACAGCUAUUUGAUUGAC